UACGCUUCACGUUUGUCGUCAGUUAGGUUUUCAAUUUCGGUCGAAACUUCGGUGUAAACACACAAUACAACACAAAAACUAUGGUUAUCCGUAAUUUCCAUUUUUCCGGCAUUAAACGAACGCAACACAACGAGCAACGCACACGUCAGCGGAAGUGACAACUGAGCAGGAAGUGGCUAGCACAAGGCUAGCAGCGGAGAAUGGGCGGCUGAAAACAGGUUCAUUUGACAGCUUUAUAUUGGCAAGAUGGGCAGGCUGAGGAAGAGGAUAUCUACUGAUGUUGCUCCAACUCCCUGGAGAGAUGAAAGGCCGCCUGCUUUUCACCGCAAGGAGAAGAAAAAGAAAUUAGAUGUCGGCAAAGUCCUAAUCAACAUCUCCAUCGGCCUUUGCAUUUUCAGUCUCAUCUGGUUCUUUUAUGCUCUGUACAUGCGCUCCAGCUUGGCGAAGAGGGUGAUGACUCUGCAUCCAUCUCCUCCUGUCCUGGACGCAAACAGCAGCAGUGCUAAGGUGUCACCAGAGAGGUUUUGGGGUUCAUACAGACCACAGGUCUACUUUGGCAUGAAGACCAGGAGUCCCAAUUCUAUGGUGACAGGAAUGAUGUGGAUGCGGCAGUUUCCUGAUGUAGAUAUAAAUCUGAGACACACCUGUGAGCAAGGGGAUCGUUUGAAAGGCUACGGCUGGCUGAUGCAUGAUGGGAAAACAUUUGGCGUGCAGGAAAUUCGGGAUAGUGAUUUCACCCUCACCACAGAAUUUGUCAAAAGAAUGGGAGGAUAUCACGGCGGAGACUGGACCUGGAGGAUCACUGCCAAGCAGCAUAGCUCUGCCCCUCAAGCCCCAGUCGUGUCCCUGAUGUUUUACGCAGCGGCGGACACACAAGGUUCACUCACGGCUCAUGUGGAGGACAAAACCCGCCUGGCGUCCAUCACUGGUUUCUCAGAAGAGCUUGGAAACUUUAAGAUAACCUUCCGCAAGCCUGUUACUGGGGAGUUAUCCAGUGCAAAAUAUGCAAGUUACAAUUAUCUUCAGACAAGGUCUCCUGGCUUGGAGCAGCUGUCUGACAUUGUGAAGCACAGCCUGACCCACAGGUUUGUCUACACGCCUCCGUCAGGUGAGAAGAGACAUUACAUAGCAGUGGACACGUACAAGCCUCCCCACCACCAAAACACUCAGAAAAAAGAUGUCAGGAAAGAGAGCGACUUUGUCCUCCACCAGGUUACCAUUCAGCUGCCGUUCCAGAUUGAAGUUCUGUUUGAGUCUGGAAGCUUCCAUGAUCGCCCUAACCAACUGGUGGGCUCCAUCAUGACCCAGGAGCUGGAGAAGAGAAAAGCAGAGUUUGAUGUAAAGUUUGAAGAAACCUUUGGGCUCGAGGGCAAAGGUUUUACCCGGGUGCAGGUUAGGUUUGCCAAGGCAGCUCUCAGCAACAUGCUGGGAGGAAUGGGCUACUUCCACGGCCAGUCGGUGGUACAGUCCCUCUACAAUGAGUACCCAGUACUCUAUCCUGAGGGUGCUCUUUUCACCGCCGUACCCUCGCGCUCUUUCUUUCCAAGAGGAUUCCUCUGGGACGAGGGCUUCCAUCAGCUGCUGCUCAGUAGGUGGGAACCCCAGGUGACCAGGGAGGCCGUGGGCCACUGGAUAGACCUGAUGAACAUCGAAGGCUGGAUUCCCCGUGAGCAGAUUCUGGGAGAUGAGGCUCGUAGUAAGGUCCCGACUGAGUUUGUUGUUCAGCGGAAUGAGAAUGCCAACCCACCCACUCUUUUUUUAGCCCUUGAGCAACUUAUUGAUCAGCUGUCUGACAACCCAGAUAAGGCGAGUUUCCAGCCAACCUUGCCUUUCCUGCGGCGACUUUUUCCCAGACUGAAAACCUGGUUUGAGUGGUACAACACCACACAAACCGGGCCGCUGCCCAACUCGUAUCGAUGGCGUGGACGUGACAAGGACACCAAUGUGUUCCUCAAUCCCAAGACUUUGACGUCAGGCCUGGAUGACUACCCACGAGCGUCGCACCCUUCGGCCGAAGAGCGACACGUGGAUUUACACUGCUGGAUGGCCUUGGCCUCCGGUAUCAUGGCUAGAAUAUCAAAGCUCCUCGGUGAGUCCCACCAGGACUACGAAGUCACCCACCAAAUCCUCAGUGACAACGACCUGCUGAAUGAGCUGCACUGGGCGGAACACCUGCACGCCUACAGUGACUUUGGCAACCACACACACGCUGUGUCCUUACAGCAGGAGAAGAUUUACGUCCCUCCUGGACAACCCCGCCCACAGUUCCCCAUGACACGCCUCGUGCGUUCCGUCCGCAAGGCACCGAAGCAGCAGUACGUUAAUGCGCUGGGCUACGUUAGCUUGUUCCCCUUUUUACUGCACAUCCUCCAACCUGACUCACCCAAACUGGAACACAUCUUCAGAGAGAUGAGAGACCCUGACAAGCUGUGGACGCCGUACGGCCUGCGCUCACUCUCCAAGUCAGAUCCCAUGUACAUGAAGCGGAACACAGAACACGACGCCCCCUACUGGAGGGGCCCGAUUUGGAUUAACAUCAACUACCUGGCAGUCAGAGCCCUGCAUCACUACAAAACCGUAGAUGGUCCGUACCAGGAAAAGGCAGCUGGUCUUUACGAGGAACUCAGGACUAACAUUAUUAACAACGUGUACAGACAGUACGUGGACACGGGGUACAUCUGGGAACAAUACAAUGACAACAGUGGCCGGGGUCAAGGAAGUCACCCGUUCACCGGCUGGUCAGCGUUGACGGUCUUAAUGAUGGCUGAACAGUAUUAACGCUGGACGAUUGUCUCUGUGUUUCCUCAGAUGCUGAUUAAUUAGAUGUUCUAAAUACAAAGCCAUGAUCAGGUUUUAUCCACAGUCAACAAUACUACCAUGAAGAGUCGGCCUAAACUAAACUGACGCUGUCAUGGAAGGAAGUCGGCGCUCCAGUGGUGAGAACGGUUUUACUGUGUGGACCGAUAUACAUUUUUACCA